GCUUAAUUCUGUAUUUUAUAAGCAAGUCCAAAUAAUUUACAAAACACUGCAAAUAAUAUUAUAAUAAAAAAAUACCCGAUGCUGUCAAUUAGUUAGUCUUUAAUACUAGCAGCUAAACAGCUGUUGUGAAUAGCACGAAAACAGCUGAUCACAACUCGAUGCGACCGAAAAUUACAUCGCUGGAUGGUGGGUAAACAAAACUAAAAAGAACAUAAAUAAACAUGCACAUUUGCUGAUAAGAGCACAUAGCGAACGCGGUCAGCGAUCGCGUCUUAAUUCGUGCAACGUCAGCUACAGUUGUCGUUCACAGAAUGAGUCUGACAAAGAAACGCAUUAAAAUUGUAUCGGGCAGCUCGUUAAUUGGCCUAGCCCUCAUCUAUUUGUACAAAGUUGCAAUUGCGCCCGCUGUCAGUGUUCCAGGUGCCAGUCCUGUGGCCCAUGUGAUUGAGGAGCAGCGGCAGUGGCCGCCCACCGAGGAUGCCGUGCAGCGUAAUCUACAAAUUGCAUAUGAGGCGCAAAAUGCGCUGCUGAUGAAGCAGCGGCAGGAGCUGCUGCACACCAAGGAGCAACUGGCACAGCUGGAGGAACAGGUGCGCUCCCUGCAGGCCAGCACGCCGCGAAAAUAUCCGAAAGUCAAAUAUCUUAACUAUAAGAAUCGGAAGCGUAUUUUGAUCACGGGUGGCGCCGGCUUUGUGGGCUCCCAUCUCGUGGACGAUCUUAUGAUCCAGGGACAUGAGGUGAUUGUGGUGGAUAACUUCUUCACGGGGCGUAAGCGCAACGUGGAACAUUGGCUGGGACACGAGAACUUUGAGCUCAUCCAUCAUGACAUUGUGAAUCCGCUGUUCAUCGAGAUCGAUGAGAUCUACCAUCUGGCUUCGCCCGCAUCGCCUCCCCACUAUAUGUACAAUCCAGUAAAGACGAUAAAGACAAACACCAUGGGCACCAUCAAUGUGCUGGGAUUGGCCAAACGUGUCAUGGCUAAGGUGUUAAUUGCCAGCACUUCGGAGGUCUACGGAGAUCCUACUGUGCAUCCACAGCCGGAGACCUACUGGGGUCAUGUGAACCCCAUAGGUCCACGUGCCUGCUACGAUGAGGGCAAACGCGUCUCCGAGACGCUCAGCUACGCAUAUGCCAAGCAGGAGAAGGUGCAAGUGCGCGUCGCGCGCAUCUUUAACACGUACGGACCGAGGAUGCAUAUGAACGAUGGACGCGUCGUGUCGAACUUUAUAUUGCAGGCGCUGCGCAAUGAGACGAUCACGGUUUAUGGCAACGGCAAGCAGACGCGUUCGUUUCAAUAUGUUUCGGAUCUGGUCGAUGGUUUGAUCGCACUGAUGGCUUCCAAUUACACGCAGCCCGUGAACCUGGGCAAUCCCGUCGAGCAGACGAUCGGCGAGUUUGCCAAGAUCAUCAAGCAUCUGGUUGGCGGCCAGAGCGAGGUGAAACAGAUCAAGGCCAUGGAGGAUGAUCCGCAGCGCCGCAAGCCGGACAUCACGCGCGCCAAGCUGCGUCUCAACUGGGAGCCCAAAGUGCCCCUGGAGACGGGUCUACUGCAGACCAUAUCAUAUUUUCGCAAUGAGCUCGCUCGCAGCGACCGCUUCCAGGAGAGCUCCCGCAAGUACUUCGACUCGCCCGAUCUGCAGCGCAGUCGGCCAUAGAUCGAAGUCUACAUAGCCAAUGUCAAUAAUAUGUGCCUCUCAAUUAUUGCAAUUGGAACCCACACACACGUACACACGUCUCUAGUCUGCAACAAAUGUAAAGAUGACCAACGAUAGCGCUAAUCUUAUGGCUUCCCAAUCCCGCUCACAAUUGGCCCCGCUUAUUUCGUUAAGUGUCCAGCUAUAUUUAAGUAACACAAAAGGGUAUAGUCUCCAUCUAGUUUCUAAUAUAAUUAGUUAAAGUGCUUCUUGUUGGCAGUCCCUGUGUCUGCAAGCGGAAUAUCCUACCUGCCAAAGGCAAUAUCUUAUCAUUUCUGUAUUGUCUUUGCCUAAACUAAGUUCAAAUCUGUGUGCUAAGUCUGCCUUCUCCAUGUCCUUGCAGCAGGUUAGGUCUACUCGCAGUUGAGAAGAGUAGAGUAUAGAGUAUAUAGACCAUAUGUAAUCCGACUGACUAAAAGUUUGCCAAGUUUCUAUAUCCACUGUCCGAACUGAGUUUCAUCUCACUUGCUGCUCAGUUAACUGUAGCACCUAGCUAACGUCUGUAUGCUAAUUGUUGUUCCUCCCGAGUUCUUCAUCGACUUGAGCCCUACUGAGCCUAUCUUAUCAUAGUCGGUUUAUACAUAAGUUUGUUGAUCCAUCUGCAAGGGUAUUUAAGCUUCGGCAUCUGCCGAAGCUGAACACUUAUUUGUUGUACAUUAGUCGGUAGUCGGUAGUCGUAGUAGUU